AAUUGUGUCCAGGAAUCUGACCUCUGUAGUUCACACACGAGCUGUAAUGCCAGGAGAUUCCCCAAGUCCUACCUGGAAGCUGCCACCUCUAGGUACUUCACCGGUGGAGAGAGAAAUGAAACAGAGUGUUAAUAAACGUGUCGUCUUUGCCCACAUGUGAAGUCCAUCCCCUGUGCCUUUUGAAGACGAAGCAAGAUGGAGCUGUUCCAUAUGGGGAGCUUCAUCGCCUGCUUCCUCUUCGCCUGCUCUGACGCAGUCUCUAUGUUUGGAGAAAUCCUGUCUCCAAACUAUCCUCAGGCCUAUCCCAACGAUGCUCUAGAAUCCUGGGAAAUCAAUGUCCCGCCUGGUUACGGCAUCCGCCUUUACUUCACCCACCUGGACAUCGAGCCUUCUCAAAACUGCGAGUAUGACUCUGUGAAGGUCCUGACCGGGGAUCACCUUGAAGGCCAGCUGUGCGGGCGGAAGAAGGAUGAUAAUCCUGGCAACAAAAUCCUGAAGGAAUUCUAUGUGCCCCACAAUACCUUGACAGUGACUUUUCAGUCGGACUUCUCCAAUGAGGAGCGCUUCACCGGCUUUGCGGCUUAUUACGUUGCUGUGGAUGUGAACGAGUGCACGGAGUUUGUGGAGGCGGCCUGCAGCCAUUAUUGUAAUAACUACCUUGGGGGGUACUUUUGUUCUUGCCCCCCAGCAUAUUUUUUACAUGAAGACCAGAAGACAUGUGGAGUGAACUGCAGCGGGAACGUGUUCACUGAGCCAUCCGGAGAAAUCACCAGCCCCAACUACCCCAGCCCAUAUCCUGAGAAUUCGCACUGUGAUUACCGUGUGGUGUUGGAACCGGGAUAUCGUGUGGUCCUGACCAUCAAGAACAAGGAUUUUGACAUAGAGUCUGCCGAUUCGGAAGGAAAUUGCCCAGAUGCCUUAACAGUCUUGGCAGGAGAUCAACGUUUUGGUCCCUUCUGCGGCAACAAAUUCACGGGCCCUUCGGAAAUCAAGUCCCAAAACCAUAUUGUCGACAUCAAUUUCCAGACUGACGAAUCCACGCAAGGCAAAGGCUGGAAAAUUCGCUACUUUGGAGACCCCGUCCCCUGUCCACAGUACGUUACCCAAAACUCUGCUCUGGACCCCAAAAGAGAGCACUAUGUCUUCAAGGAUUCUGUGAAGGUGACCUGUCUGGAAGGCUAUGAGAUUGUGACAGCACAAAACAGCUUCACAUUCUUCUACUCUAGCUGUCAGAGCAAUGGAGAGUGGAGAGAUUCGCACCUCAAAUGUGAACCUGUAGAAUGUGGGGUGCCCGAUGACGUUGAAAAUGCAGAUGUCCAUUACAUAACAGGACCUGGCAAGACACAGUAUCAAGCUGAAAUCCGCUAUGACUGCCAUACGUAUUAUGCACCGAAGGACAACGGAAGCAGGAUUUAUCGGUGUUCUGCCACAGGGCAGUGGGUGGAUGAGAAUCAGAAAACAGAACUUCCCGCCUGCAUCCCAGUCUGCGGAGUCCCUCGUAACCCCAUCCAAAACACAGGAAGGAUUUUUGGAGGCACGAGGGCCGAUCACGGAAACUUCCCUUGGCAAAUCUUCUUUCAAUCCCCACGAGCUGGCGGGGCUCUCAUUUCUGACCGCUGGGUGCUCACUGCAGCUCACGUGGUGGAUGACAACCACAGCCCGACCAUGUAUGCUGGGCUGCUCUCCAUCGGCCCACAGACCUUGCAGACUGCCGAGCCGCUAGCCGUGGAGGAGGUGUUCAUUCACCCCGGCUGGAAGGAAGCCCCUAGAGAAUCCCGGACGGACUUUGAUAACGACAUUGCUCUGGUGAAGUUGAAGAAACCUGUGAAAAUGGGUCCCACCAUCUCAACUAUCUGCUUACCUGGUGCGUCCCCGGAAUAUGAUCCUCCAGAGAGGACACUGGGCUACAUAUCUGGAUGGGGCAAGACAGAGAAAAGGAGGACCGUCGUCCUCAUGAAAGCCUGGAUCCCGGUGGUGAACAUGGAGCAGUGCCGAAGAGUGAAACCCGAAUCUUCUUUGGACUCCUCAGCCUAUACGUUUACAGACAAUAUGAUUUGUGCCGGGGACGGCCAUAGUGACAGCUGUUCCGGGGACAGCGGUGGGGCCUAUGCCAUCAUUGACCCCCACAAGGAGACGCGCUAUUAUGUUGCCGGCCUGAUUUCUUGGGGACCCAAAUGCGGCACUUACGGCCUUUACACUAAGGUGGCCAACUAUGUAGAGUGGAUCAAAGAGGUCAUGAGCCGGCAGCCAACAGAAGUAGAAGAAGAAUAGACCCAGGCAAUCUUGGGCCACCGUCUCAGUCUCCCAUGGUACCCACUGACUCUUUUGGCAUUGAGUUCAGUGCCAGAGCUUUCUUUGUAGCAGGAACUCCUUUGGAUAUUAGGCCACACACCCCUGAUGUAGCCAGUUCUCCAAGAGCUUACAGGGCCUGCUGUAAGCUCCAGGAGGAUUGGCUACAUCAAGAUGGUGUGGCCUAAUAUGCAAAAGAGUUCCUGCUACAAAAAAAAGCCCUGGUUCCGUCUGUAGGGCUAACAUGAGAGAAGAGAGUUUGGAGCUAAGGUCUACAGCCUUGCAAAUGGCGUCAUGUUGCCUGCUUUCUUCCGUCAGCUCCAAAGAGCUUCCUGGAUUCUUCUUUAAACCCUUUUCUGCCUAUUUCUUUGUAGUCGCUUCUUCUAUUUUCUGACUUUGGAAGCUCCCAUCUAUCACCUACAUAACUUCCUGAGAUAAAGAUGGUUAAUUCAGUUCUCUUUAUUACACUGUCAGCUGACCUCUUAUCAAUGAUACAGUACAAUAAUUAAAACAAAUCGUUUAUGGUAUCUGUA